UAAACUAGCGGAGAUAACAUUUUCAAUUUUUAGCAUGGUUUAAAUUUCAAAAUCGGGAUUUUAUUUAAAUUCUGACCAAUUAACAUACUGAUUGACAAUCACAAAACAAAAAUACACACUAAAUUAGCUAAAUGAACAAUUGAUAUCUAUUCAGUUUAAGCUUGUAACUUUGUGUUGUAACACAAGGAAGUAAAUAUCAAUUUUAAAUUCCAUGUAUCCAAUAAAUAAAAAAACCAGCAAAAUAUUUACAUUAGAAACCUGUGAAACAAUUUGAGGAUUACAAUUUCAAGGUAAAAUAUGGCAGUCCCAGGAAAGAAAGCAUCAAAACAAUUUUCAUCAUCAACAACAUCCAUGGCAUCAGAUGAAGAUCUUCAAAUUCAUUGCCAGCCUUGUGACGAGGAAGGAACUAGACAUUCUGCUCAUGGUUACUGUACUGACUGCAAGGAACACCUUUGCAAGACAUGUUUUAAAGCACAUAAGAUAAACAAGUUUACCAAAAAGCAUACACUUCUGAAUGCAACAAGUAUGCCUAAAGUUUUGCAACAGCCCUCAACAUCUAUUCACACAUGCCUGAUAGAUGAUUUGAUCUCACUAUGUCAUAAACAUCCAAAAGAAAUUAUCAAGUUCUACUGCAAUGAUCAUACAGAAUUUCUCUGUGGUGUUUGUGUUACCCUUGAGCAUCAAGCUACUUUCUGCAAAGUCAACUAUAUACCAGAAAUUUCUAUUGAUAUAAUAGACAGCAAAGAAUAUCAAGUUAUCAUGAAUGCAGUAAAGACCACUUCUGACAAAUUUCAACAGAUAUUAAAAGAUGUCAAGAACAUGACAUACAAAUCAAACAGCUCUCUCAAAGAUGCAUUAGUUGACAUUAAAAAGUUUCGACAAGAAAUCAACCAAAGACUAGAUGAACUGGAGAGACAGGCUGAAGAUGCAGCUAAAGUCAUAGAACAAGAAAACAACACACAUCUAAAAUCAGUAGAAACAACAUGUGAAGAAGUUACCAAAUCUCUGAAGGUAUCAUCAGACAAAAUCAAACAACUCAACGAAACAAAACAAGCUGACAAACUUGUAAUUGAUUUAAAACUUGCAGAGAAAGCAAUCAAAGAUAUGGAAGGAAAACUACAAACACUGUCAUCAUUCAAUAUUAAAGAGCACAACUUUAAAUCAAAUGAUGUUAUAUUAAAUUUGGUUAAAACAGAGAAGUCACUGGGUACAUUGAUAAAGAAAAUUUUAAAUACAGAAUGUCAACCUGUACAAAUAAAGUCUAGACAACCUUCACAUGAGGGAGAAAUCUGUGUGAAGACAUCAAAAGAUGAAUCAAGCUGCUAUAUAACAGGAAUGAUUCUGGUGACUCCUGAUCUUCUUAUCAUCACUGACUGCAAUAACAAAGCUGUAAAGAUGGUGGGCACCAGCAGUCAAUCUGUGUCUGAUCAACUACAACUAGAUGAUGAACCAGAGGAUAUCACUAGAGUAACCAGUACUGAACUUGCUGUCACAAUUCCUUCAAAACAAACAAUACAAUAUAUAUCAAUCUCAUCAAACAAACUCAUAAAUAGGCAUGCAGUGAAGGUUGGUGGAGAAUGUCAUGGCAUAAGCUGUUACCAAGGUAAAUUUGUUGUGUUAUUCCUUUAUCCUACAAAACUUCAGAUCCUUGAUAUGAAUGGCACUAUACUGACAACAAUUGAUGGAAAAAAUAUUUUCGAAGAUGCAUGGCAUAUCACAUGUAACAGAAGUUCUAUCUAUGUAUCUGACGAUGCCAUGAAGACGAUAACAGAAUUAAACUGGCAGAGUGAAGCAAUUGCUAUUUAUUGUGGUAUGAGUUUCCCUACAGGAAUGUCACUGUCAGAUGAUGGUACUGUCUUUGUGUGUGACAAUGGAAACUGUGUUAUAAAAGAGAUGUCAGGAGACUGUUCUACAGGAAAGGUGGUGUUGCAGGAUCUGGAUGGACCAUGGGCUGUAUGUUGGUGUGGAGAAACAAAGAAGCUGUAUUAUAGCUGCAAUGCUUUGGAUGAGAAAUAUAGCAACUUCCUUCAAAUCCAUAACCUGUCAUAGACUUAAACAGAGACUUAGUUGAUUUAACAAUGUCAACAGUUCUUAAAUUUAUCAUUCAUUCUUCUAACACUGGUCUUAAAGUGAAAGCAUGAUGAAAACUUAGCAAGACACUUUCAUGCUAGAUUUUUUUUUAUUUAAUUUCUAUAUGUUUAGUCGAAUCUUUGAAAACUUAGCAAGAUACUUUUAUGUCAGAACUUUUUUUUCAUCUUUAAAUGUUUAGUAAAAUCUUAUGUUAUGAAGAAGAAUGAUUUGUGGCUUUCUUAUAAAUGGUUUGGUGAGAAACUAGGAAACUUCUAGGGUAAUGCUGAGAAUACACUGAAUAACAAAGGAACCUCAUGCUCAUGUAGUGAUAAAUUUUGUCUGAUAAAGGAUAAUGACCAAUAUCUAUACGUUAUAUUCUAAGUUAAGAAGGGACAUAACUCCUAAAAAUAUUGCCUUCAGGAUAAUGCCCCCUGUUUGAUAAGGGCAAUGAUUAUCAAUGACCGAUGUUUAUAAAUACUUUAUGUUAAAAAGGGUCAUAACUCCUUAAAAUAUUUCUUUCUGGAUAAGAUUUAUGUUGAUUUUUUUAUAGCCUUUAAAUCAUUCUAACUUAAUAAGCAACUUUGACAAAAGUUAAAAAGGGGAAUAACUGCCAAAAUGUAGCUUUGAGUAUAAAAUCUUUCUUAUAAUGCCUAGUCUAUUAACUGUAUAUUGAUGACAAGUUGACAACAUUGUGCAUCGAUCACAAUACUUCUCUUUUUUUCAAAACAGACACACUAAAAUGACAACUUUGUAUCCAUUUAUAAACUGACUGUAAUAGGUUGCAUCUAUUAUAACAUUUAAAACUAAGAUUAAAAAUUUUCUUUAUUUUUAUUUUACAUAACAAUAUGAUUCAUCUGGUGAGUUUUCUUUUCUUUUGUUAUUAUCAAAUGCACUUAAUAUUUUAUGUUACCUGUCCUGUUUCUACUAAUAUUGUGUACUAUAAGCAUUUGUAACAUUUUAAAAUUAUUCAGAUUGCAUCAAUAAAUGUCAG